UUUGGCGCUACACAUAUUUUCUAAUAGUAUCACCAAAGAAAGCUGGAAGACUUAAGGAGUUCAAAAUGUCCAUCGCCCAGGCGGCGGCUAAGGCCAUGCUAUCUGAUGCCCUGCUGCAGGGAAGCUCCGGGAUAAACCGGAUCAGCCACCUAGAGCUGGAGCUUCCUCUGGACAAGGUCAUUAAGUUUGUGUCUGUCGGCCUUCCGCUAAUGCUGGUGUGUAUGGCCUUCGCCCGCGAGAUCUCCCUGGGGCCUCAGAUCAGCUGUUUCCCUCCCAGCAAUUUCACCAUCAAGCAGGCCAGCUAUGUAGACACAUACUGCUGGGACUCUCUCAUGCAUCAUGAGUUUGACAGCGAUGGGAACUUUGAGGAGCGCUCGCUCUGGGUACACAAAAUGUUCCCUUACUCUCUUCUGGACAUGGCAGUGUUGAUGUACCUGCCGGCUCUGAUCUGGCGCCAGCUCGUCAUGCCCUCUCUGGGAUCGGACCUGCUCUUCAUAAUUGAUGAACUGGACAAGUCGUACAACCGCUCGAUCCGACUGGCCCAGAGCAUUCUGGAUAUGCGCCAGAACACUAAGAAUCCCCUCACAUUUCAGGCAGAACUGCAAAGGGCCAAGAAGAAGCGGUACUUUGAGUACCCUCUACUGGAGAGAUACAUGCAGUGCAAACAAAACUCCUAUUUCCUAGUCAGCAUGCUUUUCUUGCGGGGCUUCCUCCUCCUGACCUUCAUGGCAGCUGCUUGUCUCUACCUGGCCUACUUCCACCUCUCUGCCUUCCUGCAGGAUGAGUUCAGCUGCUUUGUCCGCACGGGUAUGCUGCGUGAUCAGAACUGGGUCCCUGAAUUGGUUCAGUGUAAAAUGAUUGGCCAGUUGGUUUUUCAGGUGAUAAGUGUGGCCAAUGGUGCCAUCUACGUCCUGUUGGCUCCUAUUGUCCUCUUCAGUCUGAUUCGGCUCUUUGUUUGGGACACCACAUUCAUCUCCGUCUACGAGGUCCUCCCAGCCCUCGACCUCAUCAACCGCCGUAGACUAGGCUGCCCAUUGAAUGACCUAAACGUCCUCCUGCUCUUUUUGCGUGCCAACGUAGCUCACCUGAUGUCUUAUGGGAAAGUGAGAGCACUGUGCUCACUUGCGCCACCACAGGUGGGCAACAGCACCGCAGGACAGGGCCUGAGCACAAUGCUGACCCAAGAGGAGAUAGAAGAGCGAGAAGAGGCUGCGAUGGAGCUGGCAGAGGAGGUGGAGGAGGCCAAGGAGGAGGGGAAACUCAACUUAGUGGAUAUCAUGACUAUUCUGGGAGCGGCACAGGGAAGAGUGGUAAACUGCAGCGAGAAGAGGCCUCUGGUGGAGGAGAAUAUGAGUCUCGGUACCGUAACACUUAUCUAUACACUCAAACGCAUUCUGCUAGUUGCUAUUUUCGUCUACAUUAUUUGGGAUGUACAGAAAAUUAUUAAGUGACCUCCAGACUACACAUACAGGCUCCAAAAAUAAAUAUCAAGUGCUUGUAAUAUAAGGUAGCAUAAACAGUUCCCACUGAACAGACAGAAUUCAGAAUAAGGUCAUAUCCCUGUGAACCUGAGCAAGCAGUUUGAGAAACAUUUUCAACUGUAGGCAAAUUCAAAUAAAUUCAAGAAAACAUUGUUUAGUAUUUUUUCACUUUUACUGUCUGUAAUCGCUUUUGCUCUUUCAGCCAGACUCAACUGCCUAUAUUUCUAAAAGAGUCUUUUAAAAGUACUGGCUAAUGUAGAAGAGAUAGAUUUGUGGUACUUCCUAGCCCUAACUGCCCUCUCUGUCUCUUCACAGAGCCUAACCACCAGGGGUACCAUGAGUUGAAGGAGACUGCACCAUUUAGUCAUUACUAGGCCUCCUAUGGACUGAAUCAAUGUGAUAACAAUGGGGGGGUCGGGACACGCUCUACAGUAGAUUUUCAAGAGUACUGUACCCACAAAGACUGUGGACAUCAAUCAAGGGUUUCUGCAGUCUGAGGACAAAAAAAACCUCUUUUAGAAUUACAGGGCAAAUUGUUCUGGCUAGAAAUGUCAAUGAUUUGGAUUUGUCAGUGUGUACAUCUGUAGCUGCCACAGAUGUUCUUUCUUUCCCUCACUUUGGUCACGUUUUUUUUAGGAGUCAGUAAUGGCUAGAAGUCAAAGGUGAGCAUGCAAGUGAAAGUGGCUGUUGUAUUUAUGGUGCGAGAACACUAAGCAUGAGCAAGUAUGACUAUAAAGUACUUGUCAACAUGAUUUGGUUAUAUCGCACAUUUGUGAGAAAUAGGAGUAGUGAGAGUAAACGUAUGUAUGUCCAUUGAGCGGCAGAAAGACAUUUUCAGUGGCAACUACGGAUUUCAUUGUGAGAAAUAUUUUGUUCAUGAAUUUAUUAAGAGGUAAGAUAUAAAACAUUGUUGUACUCACUUUUUCUUUUGCUUCCUUCUAUUGUUAUUUACUUCAUGAGCAAAUGAAAUGAGAUGUAUCUUUCUGUGAAUUAACGAAGUGUAUUCUAUGUAAUUCUAAAUAAAUGAAGCUUGUAUAAUCACUGGUGUUCCCUAUAUCAUUAUCCCAAAUAACCCAUGAUUACACUUGUCCACAUUUCUAAAGUUGUAUGUUUCUGACAGACAAUCCUCCAGUAUAAUAAUACAUCAGAAAAUCAAGCUGAACUUUCCACUUAAGGACAGCAGAGAGCCACUCGUCUUUUAGUGCUUCUGUUUUUAGUACAUGCACUUCCAGAGCUGGGGGGACUAAAGUUUCUUUAACAAAAGGUAGACAUAGAAUAAACAAAAUACUGUACUCUCAUUAGGGUCAUAGUUAAUGAUGUCAGCCAGUUGAUGUUUAUUUACUAGAUGGAUUAAACACUACAUUUAGUUGUCACUAGCAUCACAGUAUUUACAAGCAUUAAAUUAUGUUUUAUUCAAAAUUACUAAUUGUUUAUCAUUACAUUCAUUAGAAUGAGGUAUGAGUUUUGAGGGGAAAAGGAUGUUCACAUUUCUACAUUUCAACACAGCUAUUAAUUGACUUAGAGUUGGUUCUGGUCAAAGUGCUUCUAAAUUUUGUUUAACUCUUAAUCAAACAGAUGAUACAGCAAGCAACCAAUACAUGGUAAACAUGUGGCAUCCACUGUUAGCUGUGGUCUCCAGAGUGACCAAACACCAUCUGAGGAGAGGUGCAGCUGGACACAAAUUAGAGACCUACUGACUUUCCUGCAUGAACCAGCCAGCCUUGGCAAUGUAAAGAUAAAUAGAUUAACUUUACUGUCUGUCUCAGCAGUGACAGAAAUUCUCCUUUGACAAGGCUAAAGAGUACACAGGAUUCACAUUCAAAACACAUAAAAAAAAGGGACUGUUAAGAGGACUGUUCAAACAGCAACUGAAAAUAGCAGGUUAAAGUACAGUGUCUGUUUUAGAUUGUUCAGGGUGGUUAUUGCAGAGGGAAUGGAAAGGAUUUCUUGUGGAUGUGUAACACUGUUCUGGUCUACCGGCCUUAUGAACAGUGCUCCAGAUUCGUUUACCUAUACUCAAUAGAGUAAAACUGCUGUUUUGUAUGCUUCCUAUGUGUAUUGAGUGCUGUCUACUUUAUUAAAGAAU